CGUUCAAGUUGUUGCGUGUUCCUGGAGCAAACUGCUGUCAUUACAUUUACUGGGAAACAGUGUGUUGUUAUUGUCUUGUUUGUUCCAAGCGGAAAUAAGAAAGAGUAAUUCAGCUAAAAUCAAGCAAUUGACUCUGGGACUCCUGCGUGUUUACUUCUUGACUGGGUUCUGAGCGGACAGCAACUCUCAUUCUGGAUGAUUAAGAGAUUUUAAGAGCAUCUCACAGCAGACGAGGGGCUGAAGUUCUAACUUCUUUUAUCCCUCUUGGUCACCCCUCAAGUCAAGUCAAGUGGCAUUAACCAUCCAUAAACUCCCUUUCCCCCAUACAUGCUGUCUCUUUGAGAAUGGAUGGAAUGGAUGGACCGUCGGUACAGGCCAGCGUGAACUCCUCCUACAUUCCCACUCUCAUUUCUUCCAUGUCUGAUGAAGAGCGUCCUGAGGGUGAGGUGACAGGGGGCGACACCUCCCCGCUGCUUACCAAGAAGCAGCAGCCCGUUGGGCCCCUGGUGGCCCGUGACUGCCCGGAGGACUCCUAUAAUCUGGUGUAUAUCAUUUUCUUCCUGAUGGGCAUCGGCUCUCUGCUGCCCUGGAAUUUCUUCAUCACUGCCAAACACUACUGGCUGUACAAGCUGAGUAACAACUCCAGCCCUGCUGGCCAUGAGGAACCACACAAUGACCUCAGUGACUACUUUGAGAGUUACCUUGCUAUUGCUUCAACUAUUCCCUCAGUGGUGUGUCUCAUAAUCAACUACCUCCUUGUCAACAGGUUGUCCUCUCGGGUGCGGAUCCUCUUCUCUCUGUUCGUGAUCUUGCUUGUGUUUGUGGUGACCACAGUGCUGGUAAAAGUGGACGUGUCUGGCUUUAGGAUCCAGUUUUUUGAGGGAACACUAGCUAGUGUGUCACUGGUCAGUGGAGCAUCCAACAUCUUCUGUGGCAGUGUGUUUGGCAUCAGUGGCCACUUUCCCAUGAGGAUAUCUCAAGCACUCAUAUCAGGUCAGGCCAUGGGUGGCAUGUUGAGCGCAGUGGCCUCAAUAGUGGAUCUGGCUGCUGCCAGUGAUGUGUCCAACAGUGCACUGUUUUACUUCCUCACCGCUGACGUCUUCACUCUGCUCUGUAUCUUCAUGUACCUGCUGCUGCCCAGACUGGCUUAUUCACGAUACUACUUGGAAGUGGCUUCUAUACCCUGUAGUGAGUCUGACAUCCACAACAGCAGCUCAGACCCUACAAAUACAUCCGUGCCACCCCUCAUGCCAAUCCUGAAGAAGACCUGGGUGCUAGGCCUCUGCGUCUUCUACGUUUUCUUCAUCUCCAUCAUGAUAUUCCCCGCGGUCUCCUCUGGAAUCCAGUCAAUGAAUAAAGACUCUGGAAAUCCCUGGACCUCCACUUACUUUAUUCCUCUCACUAGUUUUUUACUGUACAAUGUCGCAGACUUUUGCGGCCGUCAGGUCACCGCCUGGCUCCAGGUACCGGGACCCACCAGUCGCAAACUUCCACUGCUGGUCCUCCUCAGAACCGUCUUUGUUCCACUGUUCAUGUUGUGCAACUAUCAGCCGCGGUACCACCUACACAACGUGCCCUUUGCGCAUGACCUCUUCCCCGUGGUGUUCGUCUGCCUGCUGGGGAUUUCCAACGGGUACCUGGGCACGCUGCCUAUGAUCUAUGGGCCUAAAGUCGUGCCACGGGAGCUGGCUGAGCCUACUGGUGUCAUCAUGUCCUUCUUCCUCACGCUUGGGCUAGCUGUCGGAUCGGCCUUCUCUGUGGCACUGGUUCAUUGUAUCUGAGUGCCAAUGACAAGCUUUCUUUAUGACUUUUAACAAAUGCCUUAGUGCGGAUCAUUUACACUACAGCACCCAAGAACUAUCUGUUGCCAAAAACUUGAAUGUAAAUAGUUUACACAGUGACAUUAAACUAGAAAUGGAUUAAAAAGGUCUUAAAAGAUUACAUGAGAUGGUUACAAUUUAGAUUAAAUAUUUACAAAUUGGUUAUAUGAAAUAUGUAGAAACCAGAAUGCUUACUACCAGAGUCAAGACCAAGAGAUAGAAAGGGUACUGUAGAUUGUGAGACAAAAUCCAGUCUUGAUACAUUUAAACUGACCAAUCAGCAGACCACACUGUAACUCCCACUGUACCGGAGUUGUGACCAUUUGCACACCCCCAAUAAACAAACACCACAGGCAAUGCACCCUCUGUAUGCCUUGGAAUGCAAAAGGUCUCUUUCCCCAAGGAAAUGGGGGUUGUAACACAGAAAUAUAUUUGUUUAGUUCAUUUUCAACACUAUAAAACUGACUUUGAACUUGACAAUAAAGUCAGUUUGAUUAUUCAGUGUUUUUGCUUUAAAGCAACUGUUUCUUGCAUUAAUUAAUUAAAGCAAUAUUUCCAGCCAAGAGUUUAGUUCUCAAAAAUGCACGGUUAAAUGAUCUGAAAAGCUCUGUUAUAUCCUCCUAGGUGUAAUGAUUGGGGAAGCAUUCACUGUUGACCAAAUGUACAUAAGAUAAAUAGCAGUUUAAGUAUGAAUCGAAUGCAAUUUAAAUAAAUUAGUUAAAAAAAAGAUGAAAAAGUCAUGGUGUCAACAAAUGCAUUAUGCGUAAAAUACAGAAGGAAGAUUAAUCUAACAUGCUAAAACAAUGAAAACAAUAAGAUAUUAAAGUUGAUGUAAAACAGUCUUUUCAGACUUGAAUUGUGUGCAUUAAUCAUUAGCCUGAAUAGCUUACAGCCCCUAAUGUUUCUCAUAAACAGGAACACUUUGCCCUGACAUUGCCUCAGAUACUGUUGUACAUUAAAACAGAAGAUGGCACACAUAGUAAAGUGGCGUGUCAAACUGAAGAAACUGUUUAAAAUGACUUUGUUUAUUGUUCAAGUUUAAUUGAUUAUCAAAACUGCCAAUUUAUACUGAAUAUUACCUUUCAAAUAACAAACAUGAAACGGAAUAUUUCAGAACUGAAUUUUGGAAGGUGAAUAUGUAGGCUUUUUUUGUUUUGUUUAAAAUGAUUAAAUUUUAUGUGAAAUGUUUUGAAAUAUUUUAUAAACAUUUGAAUUUGCAUCCCCAAUAAAUGCAACACUGUCAGUGCAGUGUUUUUUUUUUCAGUGUUUUUUUUUUCCAAAGAUAUUUGUUAUUAAAAUGCUACCAUAAUUUUUUGAUUUAAUACUUUUUUCAUUGUUUUGACCCAUUUUAGUGUUCCCAAAGAGUCUGAAUCUAAAUGUUUACUAAAUCAUUAUUUUUAAAGUUACAUUUUAUUUUAUUGUCAUCUUUUAUUAGAAAAGUAUUUUGUUUGUGGACUCUAUUUAGUUCAUAGUAAAAACAUUUGAAUAUUACUGUACCCAGGCACAGGGGUAUAUUUUUUCCUAGAUUGAAUGUUACUUAAUACUUAAAUCCAAAUUAAUUUCAAAGUCAAUUUUAAAUGUAUUAUCAUCUUUUAAUAAAAAAAUAUAUAAUUUUGGGACUCAAUUCGGUUUUGAUAAUACAAACAUUUGAAUACAGCAGCAUUUUUUUUAAAAUGUAAUGUAUCCAGGGACAUAUAUACUUGAAUAUAUGUAUACACGGUACCUUUUUAAGUCAAUUUAA